UGACAUUGUUAAUACAUAGGUAACUAACGUAACCCUCUGUAGACUAACUGGAUUACAUCUACCUAGUUUCACGUAACCAUGACGUUACGGCCGUCGCUACAGCUGUUGAUAUAGAGAUGGAUGCCGUCAGGUCGAGUCAGGACAUGCAACUUAUAUCGCCUAACCGGGAUUCUAUCGCCAUCGACCACGAUAUACCCACGGCAGAUUUCUCUAAUUUCAACCCUUCACUACACGGGCCUGACAACCUCAUCCGGGAUGCAAGCCCACCCUGCAGCGGCGCCCCCCUCCCCGUCGGACCUGUUCUCAUCAACCCCCUUCAAGCGAAUCGGAAUAGUCGAUUGCUUUGGUUACCAUCAUUACCUUCUAGCCAGCUUGUGACUACGGUUAUCAAGGGCAUCUUGGCGAAGACUAGCGAUCCCAGACUUCUCGAGAAAUUCUCGAAUGCUAUGACUAAAUCAGACCCAACUUCCAGAGGCCCGACGCCCUCCCCGAUUUUCGAUAUUUUUAAGAGCCUCUACUCUGUAGAGAACUUCGCUGGAGAGGACUGGAGUCUGGUUGAGAGCAAACCGGCCAGUAUAGCUCUUGAGGCUCGCUUUGACGGCAGGUUAAUUGCGUCAAUCAUCAACGGAUUUGCGGGUCUCGAGAAUGUGCCAGCCUCUGGUGUUCUGGGGGUCUUGGAUAGACAUCGUGCCAUGCAAGAAGCGGUGAUCGGGAUUUUGAACAUUCAAUCAAGUCCCGAGGCCAAAUCAUUCGCCGAGAAACUUUUCCUGCUAUAUUUGCAAACCGACAAUACUGAGGUGGUCAAGUACUUGCUUAGCACUAGGUUGGUCGAUGCAAAUGAAGCUGUGUAUCAUUGUAAUGGCGAAAAAUACACACCACUUGAAAUUGCUGCAGUCAGCCAAUCGUUCGAAGUCCUCAGGCUUCUCAUUAGCGAAGGGGUCGACAUAAAUAAAUCCUUUCGAAGGGAAUACCAUUUCAAUGCAUUACACUUGCUAAUUCAUCACUUGGAUGAUCGCCGAUCGACACUUGACGACAAUUUUUUGAGUUUAGUCGAUGUUUUCUUGGGGACCGGAGCCGCCAUAUUGAUAGAUACUAUCCAGGCGGCACUUAGAUUUAUUGAUCCACGGCUCGCAAUUCGUCUCAUUGAGAACGUUGCUUCCCAAGCACCUCAAAAGCUCAUUUCGCACAAGGAUCUGCUCGAAGAGAUCAUCAAGAACCUCGAGAAAGAGUAUGCGACGAGCAUCAUCAAGCUUAUCAUAAAUAAUUGCCAAAAAUUAGGCAGAGCCCGAUACUUGUCUAAAUUUUAUCUACAUGUCGACAAUGCCUUAAACGAGGCUGCGAUGCGUGGGUAUGACGAGCUGGUGGGAAUCAUGUUUCCAUAUGCAUCAAUUCCGGGUAAAGAUAAAUCAUUCCAGACGGCAGUGGAGUUUGGAUAUCCGACAAUUGUCGAAUUAAUACUGCAAAAGGAUCCAAGCCUAGAUGAAGAUCUUGAUUUAGAUGGGGAUACAAAAGACAGCGAGACCUUUAUCUCCGCUCUCAGGUCUGGAGACCACAGUCGCCUUCGUUCCUUGGAGGAAAAAGGCGUUCUCAGUCAUCUCCAAGGCUAUAGGCUCGGCCAAGCGCUCACGGCGGCUCUCAAAGCCGGAAACUUGGAAUACGCGACCAAAAUAUUAGAUCUCGACCCCGACUUCGAAUUUUACGAACCCAUGGAUCUUGACCUGGAUGAUAGCCAGCGUUUUAAUGUGGCCGAUGCUAUGGAUGCCGCUUUGGCUCAUGAUUUUUUCAAUGAUAUUGCUUGGAAGCUCCUUGCUGUCGGCGUUACAACCCAAAUGCCAUUCUUUCGGCGCCUACGUCCGGCUCCGUUACUAUACGUCGCGGUGGUAAGAAAGAGACCAGACUUUAUAAAAAUCAUUAUGGAAACUGGCUGCGAUCCCGAUAUAUUACGUGGGUCUUCCAAUGAGGAAUGGCGGAUUCUAGAAGCGGCCAUUGAAUACUGCGAGUACUCAGUCUUUGAAGAUAUUUUGAAAGCUUGUCCUCGUCUAAUAUUCCCCUCAGAUCGCCUUUUGAGACUCGUACUAGAGAAAGGACAUGUGGACUUGUUCUUGAACAUGGUCAAAUCUGGUCCUCAACACAGGAAAAGCAUGGCGUUACAAAUUGCGGUAGAGUGUGAAAAUGGAUCGGUACUUGAAAAACUAAUUUCACUCGGCGCUCGUGCGGAUAAUGACGACGUCCUAGAAAUAGCCAUCGAGUAUCAUCCUUCAAUGGUUAGGCCACUUCUAGACCGAUUUUGGAAAGCUUUCCCGCAAGGUCGUGCUGGAUAUGGCCAGGGGAUUGUCCACGAUGCACUUAGUAACUGCUUGGAGUCACCUGAGUUUCUUGACCAGGUAUUUGCUUGGGAUCUUGUAAGGUUGAAUGUCAACUACCAAGCAUACCCAGGCCGGGAAACUCUGCUUCUUAGGGCAAUCGAAACAGAGAAUCCUGGCGUUGUCAAAAAGUUUAUUGAUGCUGGUAGUGAAGUCAAUAGCGUUGAACGGGAUAAUAUGCACUCAGAUGGUUAUGUCAUGACAACACCACUUUUGACUGCCAUCAAGAAUGGGAUCGUAGGAAUAGUACAGCUCCUCAUUGAUAAUGGCGCGGAUGUGAACAAGCCAGCGAUGUACGGUAUAAGACGGACUCCUCUCCAGAAAGCUACUGAAAUGAACAACCUCCCCAUCGUUCGUUUGCUGCUUAGUAACGGCGCUAGAGUCAACGGCAAACCUUCAAUGUUCGAUGGAGGUACGGCGCUACAAUUCGCAGCUAUCCGGGGCAACUGCGAGAUGGCAACGAUUCUCAUAGAGCAUGGAGCUGAAUAUAAUAUACCCCCACCUUUUGGAAGACGCGGACGUUGGCCUCUGGAGGGCGCGGCCGAGAACGGCCGUCUCGAUAUGAUAGAGCUUCUCUGGAAUGCUCCCUGGGAUCCUUUCGACAAUAAGCAAUAUGAGAGUGCUAUGCGGUAUGCAGAAAGGAACGGCCAUUUCGGCUGCAAGGAGAAGAUAAAAGAGUUGAUGGCGAGAUCCUCAUCGUGAAACAGUAUCUCCUUUCCUACAAUUUCUUGGCCCACAUGAAUACAUGUAGUAAGCUCUGAAGACUACAUGUUUACUUAAUGUUAGGAUCUUGAAGCUCGCUCUUGAACAUAGCACAAACGCCAACGCUGCUAAACAGGCAUGUUAUGGCGGUGCAGCGUUCGAGUUGACUACGAAAACGGAUGAUGGUUGACCAAGGUCAUCUUACUUCGAUCGAACACUAGGGGGUUUUCUUCCACGUCAUCACACCUAUAUUUUUCAACGACUAGCCGGCUUUGAUAAAUAGCCUUCUAGAAACGUCAGAUAGAAGUGGAAUGAUAAUACGAGACCAGGGAAUUGUCUUCGUUCGUAAAUGCUUUCUACUGGGGAAAAGGCGUAACU